GAGAGGCAGCGUUGGGUGGGCGCGGCUAAACAGGCGAGCACUUCCUGCUUCGUGGACACGUGGUUCCGUGUCUCAACGCUUGUCAGUGUCGGCGGAGCUCAACAACCCUGCUCUCCCUUUUCUCCUGCCGUUCAUCCCCGAAGACCUCCUCCUCGUCUUACUCCCGCCGACGUUGCUCCUGUUGAUACCAGCCGACUUGGCAGGCCGCGCUUGCUGGUUCAAGACAAGCGUGAAGUGCUAAGGUGUGCGUGUGCGAUAUUGUAUGUGUGUGUGGCAGCUACCCGGCCGUCCGUGUUGUCCUCCCCAACAUCCCGCCUCGUUGUGUCGGUCAUGACGCUGGAAGCGAUCCGCUACCGCGCCGGGUCUCUGCAGAUCCUCAACCAGCUGAUGCUGCCUCACCAGACCGUCUACGAUGACAUCCGCUCGGUGCAGGACGCCUACGAGGCCAUCAAGUCCAUGAAGGUCCGGGGUGCCCCAGCUAUCGCCAUCGUAGGUUGCCUCAGCUUGGCUGUGGAGUUGCGAGCAGGCGCGGGUGGUGAUGACCCUGUGACGUUCAUCCGUGAAUCUUUGUGUCGUCUGACAUCAGCCAGGCCCACCGCUGUCAACAUGGGCCGCGCCGCACGCGAACUAAUGGAGUUUGCAGAGAAUGAGAGCAUGGAGAAGAACUCUGAGCAGCUGAGAGAAAGUGUAAUAGCCUGGAUUGAAGACAUGCUGGAGCGAGACGUAAAUGACAACAAGAAGAUCGGUAACUAUGGCGCCCAGCACAUCCUUUCGGGUGUCCCGAGGGACUCCGUGACCAUCCUGACACACUGCAACACUGGCUCGCUCGCUACGGCUGGAUACGGGACCGCACUAGGAGUUGUGCGAAGCCUCCACACACUGGGAAGGCUCAAACGUGUCUACUGCACAGAGACGAGGCCGUAUAACCAGGGGUCUCGACUCACGGCGUACGAAGCCGUAGCAGAGGGAAUCCCCGCUACGCUCAUCACAGACAGCAUGGCGGCCCUCACCAUGAGAGAAAUGAACAUCACAGCUGUGGUGGUAGGAGCAGACAGGGUGGUUGCCAAUGGCGACACAGCCAACAAAGUGGGAACAUACCAGCUAGCCAUUGGUGCCAAGCAUCAUGGGAUUCCUUUCUAUGUGGCCGCUCCCAGCACAUCAUGUGACUUAAGCCUGGAAAGUGGCAGGGACAUAAUAAUCGAAGUCCGCCCGCCCGAGGAACUCACCAGUAUAAAUGGAGUCCCCAUUGCUGCUUCAGGCAUCGAGGUGUGGAACCCGGCGUUCGACGUGACUCCCCACCAGCUCAUCACAGGAGGAAUCAUCACAGAGCUGGGGGUCUUCCUUCCCUCAGAGCUGCAGGCAGCCCUUACUGGUCGCCUUACUGCCCUCUAAGAGCCCUAACUGCUGGCACUUUGGCGCCACUGCACCUUACUGUCAGACACUCAAAGACACUCAUCUUGUCACAUCUUACACCCAAACACACACACAGUCAUGAUGUGAUUACAUUUUGGUAAAAAAAACAAAACAAAAAAAAAACAAAGCAGUCAAAUGUUAGCGGAAGAAAAACUUCUUUACCUUCCCUCUCUUUGCACACACAUACAUAAGGUGAAAUACACUGCAGGGAGUCAACCAGACAUGCGUGCAGUUCCCCCAACCCCUUUCCUUUGAUUAUUUUCCCUCUAAUUACUUCAAUCUCACACUUGUCAUGCUGCUCAUAAUUGUUGGCCGCUUCUUUCUCUUUUCAAAAGGCUUCUGUGAGUGCUCAGCUGACUCUAAUCUUUCAACUGUGAUUGGCAAAAUAUUUUGAGUCAUAACUGAGAGGAAUUUUCAGGGCAACUACAAACAACAAUCCUGCUGACAGGACUGAUUUUCAUAUUAAAUUUAGGAUUCUGAUCAGCUAUGGUUACUGUAAGUGCUGCUGUCCAAUUGUAAAUAUGCGUCCUUGCUGGUAGCGUGUACAUAAUGUAGAAGACAAAUCCACUGCUACUGCUGAUUUAAUAAGUUAAAAUGACAUGGUGGCAUCAAAAUGUUAUAUUAACAUUUAUUUUUUGUCUUUGUGUAGAUACUUUAGUAGGAGUGUUAUCCAAAUUUAUAGCUGUAAUAUGAAAACAAAUAUUUCAUUUUUUUUUAGCCUGUGUGAUUUUUUUUUUUUUUUUUUAAGUGGAAUAUCUUUGACACAUGGCUAUAUUUAUACAGUACUUAUCAUACAAUCUUAUUUUAUCUUAUUCUCUAUCAGUAUAUAUGUAGCCAUACUUCUUUCAAAACCAUUCUCACCAUGUUCAUCAUAUACUGCACUCUUACAGUCUAGAAAAGGGAGAGAGUGUCACGAAAACAGCUUUUGCUGUGAAUCCUCAAAUACAGUGUACACAGCGAGGGAUAGUUGAUCACAAAAUAAAAGGUUGACAUUCAA